AUGAUCUGAACAUCGAAUCAAAUUCACUUUUUUAGAAAUUAAAACAUGGACUACCAUACUUUAGUUUUCAGUAUCCUAAUUUUUUGGCUGGUAUUUUUUUCUUCUUCAGCAAACAAUCAAUUUUGGAAAUCAUCUGAUCCAAUAGUGAGAGCAUUAAAGAGUUACGGAUAUUACAUAGAAUUUCCCAUCAAUAGUAAUAACACGUGUCUCUACAGUCAGAUGAGUGACUGCUAUAGAUUAGAGUUUCAAAUUGAAUUACCCGUUUCCCAUGCAGUGUCAGCCCGACUGUUUGUUUAUCAGAAUCCUAUGUCUCUAAGAAACGUUUCACUUGUGUGGCCACUUUCAACUGAUAAUACAGCUGUCGUGGAAGAUGAUUGGGUAUACUUUGAAACCACGCCCUGUAUCCAACGAGUAAGGAAAAACACAUUUCACUGUUCCAUAGAAUAUACCGAUGAUGGAAUCAGAAGAGAGGAUGAACCACAUCCCUUUUUGGUUGUGUCCAGUGGCUCUCGAAGUAGAAGACGGAGGAUGAUUUCGUCCUGUGUUCUGCAAGAUCGCUAUGUGUUUUCUCAAGAUUUGGGGAAGGGUGAUGCCGUCCCCUCGAGGAUCAAUCUGAGGAUGUGUGUGGGGGAGUGCCACGUAGGUUUUGGUUCAUUCACGAACGAUACACACGUGUACGCCCGUGCUAUGUAUCUCUACCACAAAAGAAAUGGCUUUCAUAUCCCGGACGAAUCCUGGAAGCCAACAUGUCAGGUAACUGGGAUGGACUCCAUCAACUUAUUCUUCAAAGAAACCGAUGAUAAAGGUAAUGUCACACUGGUAGAAAGGAAAAUUGACAAUUUGGUGGUGACCUCUUGUGGUUGUCGUAUCCACAACUGUUCUACCCCGUAGUCUCUUUUAGGUGAUAUGAAACAUUACCUACAUCACAUAUAUCAUUCCAUAUCACAUCCUGACAUAUAAUAUAU